CUGAAGUUUUUAAGACAAGUAGGCAGUCUUUAAAACAUCCAUGGCUCCAGUUUACCGCUGGCCGUUCACAGACGUGCCAGAUUUGUGCCUUCCAAAAUAAAUCAGUUGCUCUCGUGCAAGGGCUUUGUGUCAUACGGCUUGAGUCGUCAACGUUGCUUUUAUUUAGAAAUGUGUAGCAGGAAGUAGUAUUCGUCAGCAUUCUUACCAGCUUCCUUCCUCAUAGGUUAGCUAACGUGGGCUAGCCUGAUAUGGAAGAAGAGGGAGCGCAACCGAGGGGCUGUCUGAUAAAUCGGGACUGGUUGGGACUAGUUCUGAGGCGUGAUUCGGAAAGAUAACGUUGCAUACCGGAAGCACGGGGAACACCUUCCUGACUGAAAACAAAAACACCGCAGAGAGAGCUAAAAUCACGGGACAGCCACAAUUACAAGUACAGCAUGAACCCGGCAGCUGUGGAGUGGCGGAUAAUUGGCCGCCACCGUCGAGUUUAGCUCUCCGCGACCGCAACUGGACCUCAGCGGCGGCACCCCGGGGCGCGCUGAAGCCACGGGAAUCUUUGUUCGCGUUUUUCAUGGGACAAACCCGGGCUUCCCUCUCACUCUGCAGCGAGUCGUCGCCGUGACAGCGUUAAAUUCGGCUGGUACUGCAUGCCCACCCAUGUCCCCGCAUCAUAUGUAUUCAUAACAGCAGUUUUGCCGUUUCUUAUCGGUCGGUCUCUCUCUGACGGACGCGGCAGUCAUGUUUGCCGUGCGCAUCGUCACCGCAGACUACUAUCUGGCAAGUCCCACCAAAGACCUGGACGUCUGCUAUUCGGAAUUCAGGGAGAGCGACGUGAAGAAAGUGCCGGUGGUGCGGAUAUUUGGAGCGACCCCCGCAGGCCAGAAGACGUGUCUCCACCUCCAUGGCGUGUUCCCGUACAUCUACGUGCCAUAUGAUGGCUACGGGCUGCAGCCAGAACGCUACCUGCGACAGUUGGCCUUCAGUAUUGACAGAGCCCUCAACGUCGCCAUGGGAAACCCCUCCUCCAACAACCAGCAUGUAUUCAAGGUGGUGUUGGUCUCUGGCAUGCCCUUCUAUGGUUAUCACGCCAAGGAGAAGCUCUUUAUGAAGAUCUAUCUGUACAAUCCACAGAUGGUCAAAAGAGUGUGUGAGCUGUUACAAAGUGGAGCAGUGAUGAACAAGAAUUACCAACCCCAUGAGGGCCAUAUCCCCUUCUUGCUGCAGCUCUUCAUAGACUACAACCUGUAUGGCAUGAAUCUGGUUAAUUUGGCAGCUGUCAAGUUCCGCCGGAGCCCCAGCAAAGAAGAAGCAACGGCAGUCUCAGACAAGCCAGCCUCUUAUAGCCAUCCCAGCAUUAGCCCCUGGAGGAACCCCUGCACCUCCAAGCUUAAUGACAGCAACGUGGGGGGCACGUUUGUCCGCUGGGACGAGAAUGCCCUACCCAGCUCCUUAGUUCUGGAUGAGGUGGAAAAGCAGAGUACCUGUGAACUGGAGGUUGAUGCUGUGGCUGUAGACAUACUCAACCGUCUUGAUAUCGAAAAUCAGAUUGGCAGGAACCCAGGCCUACAGGGCAUCUGGGAAGAUGAGAAGCAGAGAAGGAGACAGAAGAAUCAGGCCUCCCAAAUUGAAACCCCUGAGUCACAAGAUCGUGGUUUUGUCACUUUAACGGAGAGCGAGAAAAUCUUCAUGAAGAGGUUCAAGGAGAUUCUGAAGGAGAACGAGUUUGAUGUGACACAAGAUAUAUCUGUGGGUGAUGGGGAGGACCAAGAAGAUUUCCCUGUGGAACUUACUUUGCAUUUAGACUCCCUAACCUCAGAUGGACUGCCAUGCACCCCUGCUAAUGCAGUGGGGGUCCACAGGGACACGCCACCAGACUUUGUAAGGGCCAGUGGGAAAGUUCCAGAUGAGGCUGUCGUUGAUGAGGAGGCCAUCCUGAGUGUCCUGGAGAACAGUCAGACUUUUCUCCCACCUUCGCAGACGUCCAACCACUCCCCCCUGUUAGACAGCAGCCAAGACCAAGCCAUCAUUGAUUUGUUGGUUGGCCUGGAGGAUGAUAGUUUCUGCAGGACCCCAGUCAGGCAGAGUUCCCACUCCCGCUCACUUGCUGUUGCUGGUAACUACCACUGCAACAGUGAUGAGGAGGAAGCAGGCCCUGAGCUGGAUAAAGAAGAGGCAGAGCUCAGUGUCAUUAUGUCCCAGCGGUGGGACAACGAGCCUCCUGAGGCCUCAACCUCAGUGAGGCUCGCUGUGAAGGAGACAGAGGACGGCUUCAGUGAUGAACAGCACGAGUCCUGUGAUGAGGACAUGGAAUGGAGUGGGAAUAACUCUCUGUUUGCCAACAUGUCUAUCCCUCAGCUCGACGGAGCAGCAGAUGAGAGCAGUGAUUCCUCCUUAACGGACAGUGGCUCCAUGUCCCAGUCUUCACUAAUAGUCACAGAAAAGAUGCUAGGGAAAAGAAACCCCUUUCCUGGAGAGACAAUCCACCCCGAGCCACCUUCCUCAGCUAAGAUCCUUCUGGAGUGCAAGCAUCCUGAGCACAGACCACUCCAUGUAUUGGACACAGAGCAACCACUUGAUAAGCACUUUCAGUUAAAAGGCAGCCAGGACAGCAGUAGUGAAUGUUCAACAGGGUUCAAGGUUAAUAAAGAAAUUCCCUAUAUCCUUCCUGUCAAACAUCCUAUUACUGGCAAAAUACCCAAUCCCCCUGAGGGGUCUCCCAUCUGCAUGGACAAAGAGGAUAUACGGCCAAUAUACACCUAUGACAAGAAAACCUCUAUAGCUUUGGAUACGACGGACCUAGAAAGUUUCCCAUUUGGUAAUGGAAAGGUUACUAAAAACAGGAAUAAAUAUGGCAGCAUAAAGAAUGUUGAAACAAACUGUCUUUCCAUUCUUAAGAACCAUAGGACUUUCUCUCUCUGUUACUCAGAGCUGAGAAACUGCUCAGCUAAGACAGAGCUGGAACUGAACACCAUGGACAGUAAAAGCCCCAUUCUGAGGAAUAUCAACUCAGCCCCCUCACUCAUGAAAGAGGAGGAGUUUCUUGAUCCUCAGGAGGAUGAAAUGGGUCAAGACAGUGAGGAGGGAGAUGUUGGUGAACUCAAAAUCAGGUACGAGGACUAUCAGGAAAAUAAAAUUGAGAGAACUAUUGUGGCCCAGCAAGAGGCACACUACAAGUUCUUUCCCAGUGUCAUUCUCUCCAACUGCCUUAGUAGGAAGAAAGCUGGAAACAAAAAGCUGGCCGAUACCUCCAGCAAACCAGAUCUGAACCAGCCUCGUAGGUCUAAGCUAAAACUCAAUAAGAAAAGGUUAGGGAUGGUAGGGACUACAAACAAGUUGAAGAUAGUUCAAAGUUCUACCACUGACAGCCUGGUUAGCACUGGUCCCACUUCAGUCAUGUCUGCUUAUCCAGUCGCUAUGGACACAGAGAUGCCAGUUUUGGAGGAUCAACCAGAAGAGGCUACAACAAUUAAUGCACUAAUCAUGGAGGAAAAGCCUGUUUUGGAAGAAGAGUCAGAAAGUGAGGAGAGCUCUGUAAAGGAACAGACGGAGCUGGUUUCACACCACGGUGACACCAACUCCACCACUGUUACUUGCUUUUCUGAGGAAGCAAAAGAUUCGAGAGAGGACGAACUAAGCUCAGUACAGGAUUUAUCCGCUAAACUCACAUGUACCAAGCCAUCGGCACUGCCUGGUAGUAAAUAUACCCUGAGAGCCAAACGAAAGAUGAAAUAUGAUGGCGAGGAUGGAGAACACUCAUGUGCCUCUGGUUCUAAAAACCCAGUCAAUGUGAAAGAAUGGCCUAAGGAUAGUAAUGUACCCAGUGGGCAAGAUUUAAAAUAUCAGAAAAGACGCAAGAAGGAACCUCCUAUCAUUAUCAAGUACAUUAUUAUUAACAGGUUCAAAGGACAAAAAAACAUGCUGGUGAAGAUGUCCAAAGUUAAUUCAGAGGAGCAGUUGGUGUCGUUGACGUCAGACAAGUUAGAGCAGUAUAACAAACUAGCUCCUUUAAAGGAUUUUUGGCCCAAGGUGCCAGAGUCCACCGCUGUCAGGUUCCCCAUCACUGAGCCAAAGGCCAAAAAACAGCCCAAAAGAAAGGCAAGGGUCAAUGCAGCAAAUAAGAAAAUCACAAAUAAUAACUCCUCCAAACCUCAGAUCAUGCGGGGUGAAAGGGUAAAAAGUAGUAAAGGAUGUCAAAAAGGCCCAAUUCUGCCCUCAUUGCCUCCCCCUCGGCCAUGUUACAGUGAGGUAGCAGAUGACCAUGACACUAAGUAUACAGAUGUGAUGGUGGAGUUGGGCUAUCUCUCUGAUAGAUCCUCGAGCCCUUCAGACUCAACGCCUCCACGUUGUUGGUCUCCAAGUGACCCUCUUAUGGACUCCAGGAGGUCAGACCACCUAAUAAAUCCACUCAGUGACCCAUGUCUUAGUUCUGCUUAUCAAAAGCCAUGUACAAUGUCUUCCACCAAAGGAGCGCAAAGUAAAUCUCAGACUGCCAAACCUAAGAAGUCUGCAGAUACUAAAAGGAAGGUAAACAAGCCUUCUACUAAGACUUCAGAGGCAGAAGAGCCCAAAAAUGAGAAAUCAAAACAAAGUGGAAGAAAGGCAGAGGAAGAUAAGCAAAGGAAAAUAGCAGAAUGUACAGCUGAAGUUACUGUUGUCAGUUCUACAGCCACCAGACCUAGGAGGUCUCGGAAAAAGAAAAUUGAACAGCCUAAAUGCCAUGACAUAAGUCAAGACAGCUCCAAGCUUUUCCCAGAGGAUGAACUACCUCUUUCUGAGAAUUCCUCUCUGAAAGUACCUCCAUUUCAGCAGCUAGUGAGCCUGGAUAGCAACAGCCAGGACGGUUCCCAGGCUCCGUCUGUAUCAGAAUCUAACUCAGCAGCUCAGUUUAUAGAACCCAAAGUUGAGGACUGUGAGACUUCCAUCAUGGAAGUUAACCAAAGCUUUUUACCACCAGCUCAGAUGAAGCAGCAAGGUUGCCAGACUACCGCGAUAAAGGCAGAGACUUCCCAGGAGGAGUCUUCACAACCAGUGGCUGAUCAACAAUUAAUGGAACAUAGUAAAGAUGCCCAACUAGUCUCCUCACAUUCAGGCCCUAAAAAUGGGGAUGUCCCUACACUUUCUGAGACGCCAUCUGGCUUAGCUGUGCUUAAGCAGCUUCUUCAGAGGAGGCAGCAAGGACAGGCUCUUCCUAUGCAGGUGGUUGGUACAAACAGCCACUCAGCUGCCAUAGCUCAGGCAGCAGCACUCCUAAGUUCCACAACUAAAUCUUCUAAAUCAAGAAGAGCCCCCUCGAACACUCCUCGGAAACCCAGGGCCACAAAGUCCACUACUCCCAAGGAUAAAAAGCCCAGAAACAGGAAAGACAAGACAAGCUGUACUCAGCCAAAUCUGUCCCUAAAGUUGGAAGGCAACAUCUCAGGUGACUGUCCCCUCUUCCUGUCAGACCCAGGACUGGACAGCUGCAACUUCAUAGAGGACGACUUAUCACCAGAAGUUCCACACAACUAUACCUUUGAUAUAAAUGCCAUUGACCAGACAGAGUUCUCCAGUCCAUACAGUGGGAGUCCAUUUGUUCUGACUGAUAAAAGUUUACCAGCCAAGUUCCUUAGUGAUAUUAGCCAGGAUGCAGUAUCUGCUCAGGCACUGGGUUUUGGGAAGAAAUUUGAGAGGCUCUGUAGUUCUGGAGAGGAUCUUCAAAGGGGCCCUGAUUGGCACAAAACAGGGCCCAUCAGUCCUGACCUGUUUGACAGACCUGAGAACAGGGAAUCUAUAUCAAACUUUGCAUUGCUUGACUCUGACAAAAUCAAGAGCAGAGAGUGGGACUUCUCUUUAGGUAAAACCCAUACGCUCAGUCCCUUUCAAGAUUUUCACUGUGAGAGAAAAGAGCUGCUCUUUUCAGUAUUUGAUCCUGUCCAACCACUACCUUUAAGCUCUGCAUCAUUCCUCGACCAUGAGGGCUCACCCACGGGUGAGCUUCUGGAAGGCAUUGAUGGACUAACAUCCAGCACACCAAGUAGCUCUCCAAGCUCAAUAAGCUCAUUAUCGCAAGUGAGGGCAAGCCAACUGCAGCGAGGGGCAGGAGGUGGAACCCACAUUCUCAAGCCCCUCAUGUCUCCUCCAAGUCGGGAGGAGAUCAUCAGCACUCUACUGGAGCUGGAAAUGUCAGAGGCUACCUUCCAGGAGCCCUUCUGCAGUGACCCCUCUGAUGCCCCAGGGAAACCAAUGGAGGUUGGCGGCCGUAAACUUACAGUGGCUACAAGAUUAGCUAAGGAGCUUGCAGAGUUCAGUGGAGACCUAUCUUUGGAGGGCCUCCAUUUCUGGAAGACAGCCUUCUCAGCUAUGGCUCACCCUGCUACAACUAUUACCUCAACUUCCCAAGGAGCUGAUGCCUCAGAGACAAGUAAAGAGCAGACAGAGCUUGGCACAUCCUCAGGCAGUGACAAGAAGGUGGUCAUUCUGCCCUGCAAAAACCCUCCAAGCCAUGAGCGUGUACAGCUGUGGCUGGAAGCCAAGAAACAGUAUGAAAGUUUACAAAAAGGUAGGAAAGAGACAGUGCCGUUGAAGAAGGAGAACGUCGGGUUAGAUGUGGAGGAGGGGAACCCAGACCAAACUCAGCAUCGAGCUGCAUCCAGCAGCCCAGCAUUGCAGGCCGAGCUGUGCGGAAACCUUGCCAGUGUUCGGGCUCAAAGGAGAAAGAAACGUACUCUGUCUUUAGACAUAUCUCCCUUGGUGAACACAAAUUCACAAUGUAAAUCUACAGAGACAAGUCCAGUGUCUGAUGAAGGCAGCUUAGGGCAGGAGGACAAAGAAAAAUAUGAUGAUAAUACUAAACCCUCCUCUCCAGAGUCCCCGGAGUUGCCUACAUGGCAGCAGUCCUGUCAGCCUUGUCCUUCAGGGCUAGACUGUAUUGCCCAGAGCAGCCCAACACAAAACUCUACAGAACCACUAUCACCUGGGCUCUCUAAUUCACUGGAGAGACUAGAAGGAAGCGGGGAAGAAGAGAGGACUAGUCCCCACCUUCUUCACAGCACCCCCUUCUUAAGGAGGCGACGAAGAAACAAGGACGAUCUGGGGCCAGUGUGCAGCACGCCCAAAUCUGAGGCUAAGGAUCCCAUUUCUCAGAGACACCAGCACAGGAGGAGCCAAGCGGAUCCACUGAGAAGAGUGCUACUUAACACUCAGAUAAAGAACCAGUUUGUUGCUUUGAAUGUGCCGAAGAAAGAUAACUCUCAGAUUGAAGGGCCCACUAUAGCCAAUACCUACGGCUUCAAAAUCAGCAUGCAGAACCUGCAGGAUGCUAAAGCUCUGCAUGAGGUCCAGUACCUAACACUGAUGAGUAUGGAGCUCCAUGCAAGAUCCCGCCGUGACCUUGAACCUGAUCCUGAGUUUGAUCCCAUAUGUGCCUUAUUCUAUAGCUUCAGUUCUGAUGCUCCCCUGACAGGUGUAGACGGCACUCAGUUGACGGGUGCCAUUGUGGUGGACAAAGACUGUGAUAGUUGUGGCCAAGCAGGUCGAAGAGGAACAGCACCGCUCCUGGUGAGAUCAGGAGUCUCUGGGCUGCAGGUGACAUACGCCUCUGAGGAGAAGAUGCUCUUUCAGGAGCUGAUCACCAUCAUGAGAAGGUUUGACCCAGACAUUUUGGUGGGAUAUGAGGUGCAGAUGCAUUCCUGGGGCUACCUUCUUCAGCGGGCCUCAGCUCUUGGGGUGGACCUGUGCCAGCAGCUGUCACGAGUGCCAGCCGACUCCAAAGAGAACCGCUUUGCUUCAGAGAGGGAUGAAUACGGAGCAGACACCAUGAGUGAGAUCAACAUCAUUGGCCGCAUCACACUCAACCUGUGGAGGGUGAUGAAGACUGAGGUGACGUUAAACAACUACAGUUUUGAGAACGUGGCUUUCCAUGUGCUCCACCAGCGCUUCUCCCUGUCCAGCCCCCGCACACUGUCUGACUGGUUUGACCACAACACGGACCUAUACAGGUGGAAGAUGGUCGACUAUUACAUGAGCCGUGUGCGCUGCACCCUCCAGCUUCUGCAACAGCAUGACAUCAUUGGCAGAACCAGCGAGCUGGCCAGAGUGUUUGGAAUUCAGUUCUACCACGUUUUGACCAGAGGAUCACAGUAUCGCGUCGAGUCCAUGAUGCUCCGUGUUGCCAAGCCUCUGAACUACGUCCCAGUGACGCCCAGCAUACAGCAGCGAGCUCAGCAGAGGGCGCCCCAGUGCAUCCCUCUGGUGAUGGAGCCUGAGUCACGUUUUUACAGCAACUCUGUGGUUGUACUGGACUUCCAGUCACUCUAUCCUUCCAUCGUCAUCGCAUACAACUACUGCUACUCCACCUGCCUCGGCCACGUGGAAAACCUGGGAACGCCUGAUGAGGUUAAGUUUGGCUGCACCUCUCUCCGGGUUCCUCCUGAGCUGCUCCAUCAGCUCCGCAACGACAUCACUGUGUCACCCAGCGGCAUCGCCUUCGUCAAGUCCUCAGUGCGUAAAGGCGUCCUGCCCAGCAUGCUGGAGGAAAUCCUCAACACGAGGAUCAUGGUGAAGCAGUCCAUGAAAACCUACAAGCAGGACAGGGCGCUGAUGAGGCUGCUGGACGCCCGGCAACUUGGACUCAAGCUCAUCGCUAACGUCACCUUCGGCUACACUGCUGCCAACUACUCCGGACGCAUGCCCAUUGUAGAGGUGGGAGACAGCAUCGUCCAUAAAGCCAGAGAGACCCUGGAGAGAGCUAUCAAGAUGGUCAAUGACACUAAGAAAUGGGGAGCGAGGGUUGUGUACGGAGACACUGACAGCAUGUUUGUCUUACUGAAAGGAGCCACCAAGGAGCAGGCCUUCAAGAUCGGAAAUGAGAUCGCUGAGGCAGUGACUGCAACCAACCCCAAGCCAGUCAAGCUCAAGUUUGAAAAGGUGUACCUGCCAUGUGUCCUGCAGACAAAGAAGCGCUACGUGGGCUACAUGUACGAGAGCCUUGACCAAAAGGAGCCUGUGUUUGACGCCAAAGGGAUUGAGACAGUGCGCCGCGACGGCUGCCCCGCUGUUUCCAAGGUUCUGGAGCGUUCCAUUAAGCUGCUAUUUGAGACGCGGGACAUCAGCCAGGUGAAGCAGUUCGUGCAGCGUCAGUGCGUGAAGGUGCUGGACGGCCGGGCCAGCAUGCAGGAUCUCACCUUCGCUAAGGAGUACCGGGGAAGCGGCUCGUAUCGACCCGGAGCCUGCGUCCCCGCUCUGGAGCUCACCAGACGUAUGAUGGCGUAUGACCGCCGGCUGGAGCCACGGGUCGGUGAGCGGGUGCCCUAUGUGAUUGUUUACGGGGUGCCGGGCAUGCCCCUCAUCCAGCUGGUCCGUCGGCCCAUGGAGGUGCUGCAGGACCCCAGUCUGCGCCUCAACGCCGUCUACUACAUCACCAAGCAGAUCCUGCCGCCGCUGGCACGCAUGUUCCAGCUGAUCGGGGUGGACGUGUUCAGCUGGUACCAGGAGCUCCCCAGGAUCCAGAAGGCGUCGUGCUCCUCGGCAGUGGGUGGAGAGGAAGUGGGGAGGAAAGGAACCAUCUCCCAGUACUUCACCACACUUCACUGCCCUGUGUGUGAUGAGCUGACCCAGCUGGGUGUGUGCUCACGGUGCCGCGCCCAGCCCCAGCGAGUCGCUGUCACACUCUACCAGGACAUGAGACUGUGGGAGAGUCAGCAAGAGCAGUUGUUGAAGAUCUGCAGGAACUGCAGCGGCUUUUCUGAGCGACAGGUGCCCUGUGUGUCUCUGGACUGCCCUGUCCUCUACAAGCUGUCCCGUGUCAACAGGCAGCUCUCCAAGGCUCCCUACCUCAGACAGUUGCUGGAACAGUUCUGAGUUACUCCUGAAACCUGGAGCAUCUCUCUGAUUUGGUGCUAAUUGCUGCCCCCACCACCACCACCACCCCCACCUCAGUGUAUGAUUGUCCAUUCAGUUGUAAUAGUUUCAAUGGUGCUUUGACUGAACCCUGUGGGGUUUUCAUCCUGUCUUGUAACUGUCAUUUGUUAAACAAGUAUUUCUCUGCGUGCAGACCGUCUGCUUUGAGCGUCCUGUGAGCAGGUGGUGUUUGUCAUCAUGUUUGCUGCUAUGGGCUGAGUGAAGCUCAUAUGCUUGGUGACACAUCUACAGGCUGCCUAUCAUGGAACUGGAUGCAGUCAGAUCAAGGACAGCUUGUCUUGUAUGCGCUGUAGCAGUUAAAACCUAUCAGUUUUUGGUCACUGUUCUUACAAAUCCCAGGACAUACCACGCUCAGACCACUAAUUGACUUUUCUUCAUUUUCUAUCAUCUAUACAAACUUUGUAAAUACUUUAUGUACAUCAUUUAUAAUCUCACUGUGCAUAAGCAUAAAAAAAUUUAAGCUGUGGCCAUGAAUGCAGUCAGGUUUGUUCAUGAAUUCUGUUAAAAAGUGCCAUCUUUCAUGUUUCAUUUGACCUCAAUUGUAUUGAUGUCCAUUUGGCAGAUUUGACACUUCAUACCCUACAGAGUAUGGGUACUGGAAUGUCUUCAGUUUUAUAAAAUCUGGGACUGUUGCAAUACUGUAUUUUGAUAAUUUAUGUCUUGAAGUGUCUAAUAUUUCCUUGUGCAUAUAUUGUUUUGUGUACGUUUCCACUUUCCUGUCUUCAGAACUACAUUCAGAUCCCAGCUUCAAUCCCCCAUACAGCCAUACACAGGAUCUGUGUAUUUGUAUAAAUGUAAAAAAAACUAUGAUGAUAAUGAAGGAGGUGUUUUGUUUGUUUUUAAUGGACAUUGCUGUGGAUUGAGGUUUGAGAUUGAUAUAAUAAAAAGUCAAUGUAUUAAAAAGC